AUGUAUUAUCUUGCAAGCUUAUAUUUGGACAUUGUGUUCGUGGUCCAUUGGAUGUUUGUGAGAGAGCACUGGGAGGGAGAAACCCCGGAAAUGAAUGUUUUGGAUUAUGUAUCUAAUUUACAGGAGAAAUUGCGUAGAGCUUGGACCUUUGCCCGGGAAAAUUUAACAAAGGCUCAAGCUACUAUGAAAACAAAUUAUGAUGUUGGAACCCAAAUGAGACAUUUUGAUCCAGGAGACAAAGUCUUGGUAUUGCUUCCCAUGCCUGGAAAUCCCUCAAGGCAAAAUUCUCAGGUCCGUGGAAGCGACGAUUGGGAGACACAUCUUAAGAGAAUUAGAGCUCUAUUUGAGGUACUAAGAAAGGCUGGUUUGGUAGUUAACGUAAGGAAGAGUGAUUUUGCUCAGGCCAAGGUAGUUUAUCUUGGGCACGAGAUAGGCCUGGGUAAAGUCGCUCCUAAGAAAGCGAACGUGGAGGCUAUUUCAAACUUUCCUGCACCUCAAAAUAGGAGAGGUGUAAGACGUUUUCUGGGCAUGGUAGGUUACUACCGCAAGUUCGUGAAAAACUUUUCCGAUAUUGCUCAUCCAUUAACUAAUCUUUUAAAGAAAGAUGUAAAAUUUAUUUGGGAUGACCAGUGUCAGGAAUCGUCCAAUAUUUACAUUGCUUUUACUCUGUUGUUAGAGUAG